AUGGAGUUCGUCAAGCUCAUGGUAGCCUCUCCCGAGGUCAACCCUAACAACCGAAAGGCCCUCUCCAUCCCAAUCCUAAACCCAUUUGACACAUAUGGCCGAGUCUUCUUCUUCUCAUGGUUCGGUUUCAUGCUUGCAUUCCUUUCAUGGUAUGCUUUUCCCCCUUUGUUGACCGUCACCAUCCGUGAUGAUCUGAACAUGACCCAAACACAAAUUGCGAACUCAAACAUCAUUGCUUUACUAGCUACAUUGCUAGUACGACUUGUAUGUGGACCACUAUGCGAUCGUUUCGGUCCUCGUCUAGUCUUCAUCGGCUUGUUGCUGGUGGGCUCUAUUCCCACCGCAAUGGCCGGUCUCGUCACAACACCACAAGGACUCAUCGCUCUUCGCUUCUUCAUCGGUAUCCUCGGCGGCACGUUCGUCCCCUGCCAAGUCUGGUGCACCGGCUUCUUCGACAAGAAGAUCGUUGGAACAGCCAACUCCCUAGCCGCCGGACUGGGUAACGCUGGCGGAGGCAUCACCUACUUCGUCAUGCCGGCCAUCUUCGACUCCCUCGUCCACGACCAAGGCCUCCCCGCACACAAAGCCUGGCGCGUCGCCUACGUGAUCCCCUUCAUCCUCAUCGUCACCGCAGCUCUAGGCAUGCUCUUCACCUGCGACGAUACACCCACAGGAAAAUGGUCCGAGCGACACAUCUGGAUGAAAGAGGAGGCCCCCAACACAUCAAAAGGUAACAUCGUCGACCUGAGUUCCAGCACCUCCGGCGCGCAAUCCAGCCGCCCCUCCGGACCCCCAUCCAUCACCAACAUAAUUCCCGACGUUGAAAAGAAAGGCGCCCAAACUCCUAACCCCAUGGAGCCCCAAUCGCAGGCCCUGGGCCAACUCGACGCCCUCCGCACCGACGUAGUCGCUUCACCCUCCCGCAAGGAAGCCCUCAACGUCGUCUUCAGCCUCGCAACCAUGGCCGUGGCAAUCCCCUACGCCUGCUCGUUCGGCUCGGAGCUCGCAAUCAACUCCAUCCUCGGCGACUACUACGACAAGAACUUCCCGUACAUGGGACAAACAAAGACAGGCGAGUGGGCGGCUAUGUUCGGGUUCCUGAACAUCAUCUGCCGUCCGGCCGGAGGGUUCCUGGCAGAUUUCCUAUACCGCAAGACGAACACGCCCUGGGCGAAGAAACUCCUCCUUUCAUUCUUGGGCGUUAUCAUGGGCGCAUUCAUGAUUGCCAUGGGCCUUUCAGACCCGAAGUCCGAGGCGACGAUGUUUGGCCUUACGGCUGGGCUGGCGUUCUUCUUGGAGAGUUGCAACGGCGCGAUUUUCGCGCUUGUGCCGCAUGUUCAUCCUUAUGCUAAUGGAAUCGUCUCCGGCAUGGUCGGCGGCUUCGGCAACCUCGGCGGCAUCAUCUUCGCCGUCAUCUUCCGCUACAGCCACCACGACUACGCGCGCGGCAUCUGGAUCCUCGGUGUGAUUUCCAUUGCCGUGCAUCUUUCUGUGUCCUGGGUGAGGCCUGUGCCGAAGAGCCCGAUGAGGGAGUAA